UUUUUUAAGAACGCUAAGUAAGAAAAAGAUUAAUGAUAUGUCAUUACAUAUAUCAUUACUAAAAAAAAAAUAAAGGGAAUACGAAUAUAAAUUAAAAAUAUAUCUUUUAUACAAAUCAAAAACAAUAAAUAAAAUCCUAAAAUAAUUUUAAAUAAAAGUCUCCAAAAUUAUAUACAAACAAAUUGGAAGUGGAAUUGUUUGACUUUUGUUAGUAUAUUUAUUAUUAAUGUCGACAGCAUUGACCAGAAGUAGAAGAUUAUUAUUAUUAUAUUUAUUAUUUUUAAAUUUAAAUUAAAUAGUAAAUAAAAUCAAGAGUGAUCCAUAGUAAAUGUAUUAUUUUUAUUCUUUUCAAAAAUUUCUAACUACAUUAGGAAUAAAGUUUCAAUCUUUUUUACUUUUCUUUCCAAAAUUUUCUAACUACAUUUGGAAUAGGAGUAAAGCCAAUUUGCCAAAGUUUCAAUCUUUUUUUCUUUUUAAGUCGGUUUAUAUUCAUAGCUCUGAUUCUAAGCGAUUUAAGUUUGUUUCAAUCAAAACAACACAGACCCAUUUGUAAAGAACUGAAGUCUAUUUCAGAUAGCCACCCUUGUGUUGAAUGAUCUUAACUGAAGUUGGUUUUGUCAUAAAGAACUUGAUCUUCCUAAAAUGGUUACCAACAUUACUAAUGGGGUAGGACACCUUUGUCCCGGUCCUAUGAAAGCUACAUCAAAUGGUGCAUUUCAAGGAGAUGAUCCUCUUCAUUUUGCACUUCCUCUAGCUAUUUUACAGAUAUGUUUAGUACUUGUUGUCACUCGAGUUCUAGCAUUCCUUAUGAAGCCGUUAAGACAACCUCGUGUGAUUGCUGAGAUCAUCGGAGGAAUUUUACUGGGGCCAUCAGCACUAGGAAGGAAUGAAAAGUAUAUUAACUAUAUUUUUCCACCAAAAAGUCUUACUGUGUUAGAAACUCUAGCAAAUCUUGGUCUUUUGUUCUUUCUCUUCUUAGCAGGCCUAGAAUUAGAUCCUAAAUCCAUUCGUCGAACUGGGAAAAAAGCCUUGAUGAUUGCCAUGGCAGGAAUUAGCCUCCCAUUUGGAUUAGGAAUCGGUUCCUCUUUUGUACUUAAAGAAACCAUAUCUAAAGAUGUAAACAGUGCUGCAUUUCUAGUAUUCAUGGGAGUAGCCCUUUCAAUAACCGCCUUCCCUGUCUUAGCUCGUAUUCUAGCUGAGUUGAAACUCUUAACUACUGAUAUUGGUAGGAUGGCUAUGUCAGCUGCAGCAGUCAACGAUGUAGCUGCUUGGAUUCUACUUGCUCUUGCUGUUGCUCUAUCUGGGGCUGGUCAAUCGCCUCUUAUCUCCUUAUGGGUGUUUCUAUCUGGAUGCGUUUUUGUAAUUUGUUGUGUUCUCAUUGCCCCUCCAAUCUUCAAAUGGAUGACAUUGAGAUGUCAUGAAGGCGAGCCAGUAGAUGAGGUGUACAUAUGUGCAACACUAGCUGCUGUCUUGGCUGCUGGAUUUAUAACCGAUACUAUAGGAAUUCAUGCCAUGUUCGGUGCCUUUGUCAUUGGAAUACUUGUCCCGAAUGACAGUCCACUCGCAGGAGCUCUCGUUGAGAAAGUAGAGGAUCUUGUGUCCGGUCUGUUUCUACCUCUAUAUUUUGUUUCAAGUGGUUUGAAGACCAAUAUAGCCACCAUUCGGGGGCUCCAAUCGUGGGGUCUUUUCGGUCUAGUCACCUUCACAGCUUGUUUUGGGAAGAUAGUUGGAACUGUUGUGGUGUCCCUUUUCUGCAAAGUUCCUUUUCGUGAAGCUGUAACACUCGGGUUUCUAAUGAGCACUAAAGGGUUGGUGGAACUCAUUGUUCUUAACAUUGGUAAAGACAGAAAUGUUUUAAAUGAUCAAACAUUUUCCAUUAUGGUACUAAUGGCUGUGUUUACUACAUUCAUCACCACACCUGUUGUCAUUGCAGUGUAUAAGCCAGCAAAAAGGGCAAUACUUGCUAAUUACAAGCAUAGAACAGUUGAAAGAGAAAAUCCAAACACCCAACUUAGGAUAUUGGCUUGUUUCCAUAGUACAAGAAACAUUGCAUCAUUGCUUAACCUGCUUGAGGCCUCAAGAGGAACCGAAAAGAGAGAAGAACUUUCUGUUUAUGCACUUCACCUCAUGGAGCUUUCCGAGAGGUCAUCAGCUAUUCUGAUGGUGCACAAAGCACGAAGAAACGGAUUGCCCUUUUGGCACAAGGGCAAUCGUUCAGACUCUGGGAAUGUUGUUGUGGCAUUUGAGACUUACCGACAACUAGGAAGGGUGUCGGUUAAGCCAAUGACAUCAAUCUCUUCCAUGUCAAAUAUGCAUGAGGAUGUUUGUUCAACUGCUGAGGCGAAAAGGGCUGCAAUCGUUAUCCUUCCUUUCCACAAGCACCAAAGGUUGGAUGGCUCAUUAGAAGUUACAAGAAGUGAUUUUCGUUGGGUUAACAGAAGGGUACUCGAGCAUGCACCUUGCUCGGUUGGAAUCUUUGUUGAUCGAGGGCUCGGUGGAAAUAGCCAUGUGGCUGCAAGUAAUGUGUCAUGUUUCGUCACAGUUCUCUUCUUUGGUGGCCAAGAUGACAGGGAAGCCCUUGCUUAUGGCUGCAGAAUGGCCGAACACCCGGGCAUUAGACUAAUGGUCAUCCGCUUUCUAGUGGAACCAAACAUUGCAGGGGAUGUUGCCAUUGUUAAUGUGGAAAGUAACUCAAACACCGAGUUGAUUUCACUGGACAACGAUGUCUUGGCCAAGUUUAAGAAGACUAAGGUGGCCAAUGACAACUCAAUCAAAUACGAAGAGAAACUAGUUCAAAACACAGAACAAGUCAUUGCUGCCAUUCGCGAAAUUGGCAACUGUAAUCUGUAUUUGGUUGGCCGAAAUCCAGUUGGUGAAGUAGCCUUGGCUUUGAACAAGAGGAGUGAGUGUCCUGAACUGGGGCCUGUUGGUAGUCUAUUGACUUCACCAGAUUUCUCUACAGCAGCAUCAGUUUUGGUUGUGCAACAAUACAGUGGUCAAGUCCCAUUGGAUUUGGAUUCAGAAAAUGGGGAAGAUUCAACAGAUUGAGAAUGAAAAAAUCAACCAACAACUUAGCUUUAGUGUCUUAGUUUAUUACUGAAUCUGAUCUAAUAACAACAUAGCUGAAUAUUCCAGCUUCACCCCACAUUUUUAUCUUCAAAAUAAUGUCUUUUCUUGUGUUUGAUUACUAGAAAAUAGUUGUCUUUAGUAUCACAAGAUGUAGUUGUUUCACAUAAUUUAGUAGAGAAAAGAAGUUUGUUCAUAAACAAUUUUUUGUUAUUCCUCAUGCUGAAUAGUAGUAAGUACAUAAUUUUUUUUGUUCAAA